AUGGCAAAGCAAAAAGCAAUUGAAAAAGUGUAUGGUGAGUGGGAAGCCUCGUAUGAAGCCCUGCCGCAAUGGUCUGUAGCGAUGUGUGACGCUGUUCGUGGGUCAAUUGUUCAAUUGGAUGCUGUUAAAGCUUAUCGCAAUGAUGAGUUGGUUCAUGAUGUUCAAAUAUUACGUUGUAUUUUUUGGAGUUUUGCUCCUUGCAUUCGGGCAUUCAGACAUUGCAAACCACUUGUGCAGAUUGAUGGGACACAUUUAUAUGAAAAAUACAAGGGGACUUUAUUGGUAGUUGUUGCACAAGACAGCAAUCAGAAUAUUUUGCCAAUUGGCUUUGCUAUUAUUGAAGGAGAAACUGCAGAUGGUUGGCAUUUUUUCCUUGAGAAUUUACGCAAACAUGUCGUGACGCAGGAUAGUGUUGGUAUUAUUUUUGAUCGGCACGAGUCAAUUAAUGCAGCAAUAAGACGAAGUAACAGACAAUGGGAACCUCCAAAGGCAUUUUACAUGUAUUGUAUCAGGCAUAUUGCUGCUAAUUUCUUGCGACGAUUUAAGACACCUUACUUGCAUAAACUUGUCGUCCGCAUGGGUUAUUCAAGAAUUGAAUCAGAAUUUAAUAUUCAUUAUGAGCGGUUGAGACAACGUGGAGAAGUAUAUACAGACUGGCUUAAUGAAAUUUCACGAGAGAAGUGGGUUAUUGCAUAUGACAUAUUAAAGAGCGUUCGUAAUCUUCCAAUAACAGCACUGGUUAGAGCAACUUACUUUCGAUUGGCUGAGUUAUUUGCACGUAAAGGUUGUGAGGCAUAUGCGCGAAAAAAGGCUGGACAUAUUUUUUUUGAUGCUAUGACGACUCGACUUCAAUCAAAUAAGCAAGCAUCUAGAAACCUUUGUGUUACUGUAUUUGAUAGGCAAAAUGAGACUUUUCUUGUUCAAGAUGUAAACAACAAUCAAGAAUAUAAAGUCCAACUCAGGCAAAGGUAUUGUGAUUGUGGUGACAUCCAGACUGAUAGAUAUCCAUGUCGUCAUGUCAUUGCUGUUUGCUCUAGUCAGAACAUUGAUUGA